AGUCUAUGGUGAAAAGAAGCUACACUCAUAAAAUCAUAUUUAUUUGGUUUUACACUGUUAUUUCCCACUAUUUUCGUGUUUCAUCUAUAAACGAUGUGUAAAAGUGUACUAUAAAUCGUUGUUCACGUAACCAUGUGCGACAGCGACGAUCCCGCCGACCAAGACCGCGGUGGCGUCGACUUGACCGGGUUUCUGUUUGGCAACAUAGAUGAAUCGGGUCAGCUGGAAGACGAUGGAUUGCUUGAUGGGGACUCCAAACGCAUGUUGUCUUCACUCAGUCGCCUGGGGCUUGGCUCUAUGCUUUCUGAGGUGCUGGAAAAUGAAGAGAAAGUGAAAGAGGAAGAGGAAAAAGAUUACACAAUUAAAAGCCCUUCUGCCGUAGACUUUUUUGAUAUAGAUGAUGUUGCGGAGGAUGCUCAAGAAGACACUAGUACUAAUCGGGAAGCACCGGACACACACACACAGACAGAAGUUAAAGUGGAUGAGAUGGAUAUUGACACGGCUGUGUCAGUAGAUGUUAAGAGUGAUUGUCCACAGAGCGAAGAGAAUUGGAAGGACAAAGAGAUUUUUCAGCAGGAGGAGCAGAGGGCGGGCGAUGAUGGCUAUGAGGGGGACAUGGAGGGGGAUGGGGGGCUUAUGCCACCGCCUUCGACUAUUCCGGACAGAACAUUACGGACCCAGAUAUCAGAAAAUAAGAAACUGGAGACACCGCUGGCUGCAAUGUUACCUUCGAAAUAUGCCAACACUGAUGUCACUGAACUCUUCCCUGACUUUAGACCUGAUAAAGUUCUUCUUUUCUCUCGACUCUUUGGCCCUGGCAAACUGUCAAGUCUUCCCCAAAUAUGGCGCUACGUGAAGAAACGAAGGCGGCGCCGUCGUAGCGGCAGUACUAGUAGCGACACUCCCGCACAAGCGCCUGAAAACUAUGAACCUCAGUAUGCGAGUGAUGAUGAAGAUAAACUACUUAGACCAAUGGAAGAAAACCAGCAAACAAACAACGAUAGCAACAACGCUCAAUCUGGCGACAAGUCUCAACGCCCCACGCCCGCACAUUGGCGUUUCGGGCCGGCCCAGGUGUGGUACGACAUGCUUAACGUGCCUGAGACGGGAGAUGGCUUCGAUUACGGGUUUAAAGUCAAGGCCCAAUCACCAGACCGCGAGACCGAACCAAAGGAGAGACCAGAAGAAGAGACCAAAACCGAACAAGAGGCCGCCGACAGUCCCGACAGUGGGUUUCCUGAGGACUCGUUCCUUAUGGUGUCGCAGUUGCAAUGGGAGGAUGACGUCAUUUGGGAUGGUAGCGAGAUUAAACAUAAGGUGCUAGCCCGGCUGAACAGCAAGAGUAACGCGGCGGGCUGGGUGCCGACGUCGGGGAGCCGCACGGCGCAGCAGUUCUCGCACCCGCGCCCGCAGCCCGCGCCGCUCCCCUCCAAGCCCACCACUUCAUCAACGUCUACUACGAACCCUCAACCGUCUGCGUCAGCCGACGGUGAAGACAACACUUGGUACAGUAUAUUCCCCGUGGAGAACGAAGAACUAGUGUACGGCACAUGGGAAGACGAAGUUAUCUGGGAUGCCGAAAACAUGUCCAAGAUACCGAAGCCGAAAAUACUUACGUUGGACCCUAACGAUGAGAACAUUAUACUGGGGAUACCGGAUGAUGUGGACCCGUCGAAGAUUACUAGAGAACGCGGCCCACAACCCAAAGUGAAAAUCCCGCACCCCCACGUGAAGAAAUCUAAGAUCCUACUAGGCAAAGCGGGGGUCAUUAACGUAUUGCAAGAAGACGCACCACCGCCGCCCCCCAAGUCUCCUGAUCGGGAUCCCUUCAAUAUCUCCAAUGAUGUCUUCUACCAGCCUAAAUCCCAAAACCCCCGCCUCAAAGUCGGUGGCGGCCAACUCAUCCAACACAGUACGCCGGUCGUGGAACUCCGAGCGCCGUUCAUACAGACGCAUAUGGGCCCAGCGCGGCUCCGGGCCUUCCACCGGCCCGCGAUCAGGAAACUGUCGUACGGACAGCUCGCCAACCCCGGCCCGCAUCCCGUGCAACCCCUGAUCAAACACAUCAGGAAGAAGGCUAAGCAACGUGAAGCGGAACGUUUAGCCUCAGGAGGCGGAGACGUAUUCUUCAUGAGAACACCGGAAGACCUGAGCGGCCGUGACGGAGAGAUGGUGUUGGUCGAGUUUUGUGAGGAACACCCACCGCUGAUCAGCCAAGUGGGGAUGUGCACCAAGAUCAAGAACUAUUACAAACGAAGUGCUACGAAGGACAGCGGCCCGAAACCUCUGAAAUACGGUGAAGUGGCGUACGCGCAUACAUCGCCCUUCCUCGGUAUAUUACCUCCCGGCGCCACCCAACCCGUCGUUGAAAAUAACAUGUACAGAGCGCCUAUAUACGAACACAAUAUACCACAUUCGGAUUUCCUCGUUAUACGAACAAGACAAGCCUACUACAUACGUGAAAUCGACGCAUUAUACGUGGCAGGACAGGAAUGUCCACUUUACGAGGUGCCUGGACCCAACUCGAAAAGGGCCAACAACUUUGUUAGAGAUUUUCUACAGGUUUACAUCUACCGCCUAUUCUGGAAAUCCCGUGACAAUCCACGCCGUAUCAAAAUGGAUGACAUCAAGAGGGCUUUCCCAUCUCACUCUGAAAGCUCAAUAAGAAAACGUCUGAAGCUUUGCGCUGAUUUCAAGCGUACUGGAUUAGAUUCAAAUUGGUGGGUAAUAAAACCCGAAUUUCGCCUGCCGUCCGAAGAGGAGAUCCGCGCAAUGGUGUCCCCCGAGCAAUGCUGCGCGUACUUCAGCAUGGCGUCCGCUGAACAGCGAUUAAAGGACGCGGGUUACGGAGAGAAGUUCAUAUUCACCCCGCAGGAGGAUGAUGAUGAGGAGCUGCAGUUGAAGAUGGACGAUGAGGUGAAAGUGGCCCCCUGGAACACGACGCGCGCCUACAUCCAGGCCAUGCGCGGCAAGUGCCUGCUGCAGCUCACCGGCCCCGCCGACCCCACCGGCUGCGGCGAGGGCUUCUCCUACGUGCGCGUACCCAAUAAGCCCACUCAGCAGCCUACUGAUGAAGCUCAGCCUAAACGGACUGUCACUGGCACGGAUGCGGAUUUGAGGAGGCUUAGCUUGAAUAAUGCUAAGGCGUUGUUGAGGAAGUUUGGCGUGCCUGAAGAAGAGAUCAAGAAACUGUCUCGAUGGGAAGUCAUAGAUGUCGUCAGAACGUUAUCGACCGAGAAGGCAAAGGCGGGCGAAGAAGGCAUGACCAAGUUUUCCCGAGGCAACCGCUUCUCAAUCGCCGAACAUCAAGAAAGAUAUAAAGAGGAAUGCCAGCGUAUAUUCGAGCUUCAAAACCGGGUGCUUGCGAGUGCUGAGGUGCUUAGUACGGACGAGGCCGAGAGUUCUGUCAGUGAAGAGUCAGACAUGGAAGAGAUGGGCAAGAAUCUCGAAAACAUGCUGGCUAAUAAGAAAACUACGGAACAGUUAUCUAUGGAAAGGGAGGAGGCCGAAAGAGCUGAACUGAGGAAGAUGAUUCUCGGCCAAGAUAAAAAACCGCAGAUCAACCAACAAGAUCAACAGCAGACUUCCAGUCAAGGUCGAGUCCUCCGCAUAGUCCGCACAUUCCGCAACGCGUCAGGCCAGCGUUACACUCGCGUCGAGUUCGUACGGAAGGCCGCCGUUAUAGAAGCCUACACCAAAAUCCGAUCGACUAAAGACGAUGCUUUCAUCCGACAGUUCGCCACUAUGGACGAAACUCAGAAGGAAGAGAUGAAGAGAGAAAAGAGAAGAAUUCAGGAACAACUGCGGCGUAUUAAACGAAAUCAGGAGAGAGAAAGACUGGCUGGUAAUGUCACUACACCCGGCGUAUUCAAUACUGACAGUAUGAGCAUGUCAUCAUCAAACGAUUUGGGAUCAGCGUCACCAGGGCUUAUACCUUUGGGCCAGAUAAAACAGGAACCGGACCUUCACACCCCAUCCCGUCGGCGCGCUAAGCUGAAACCGGAUUUGAAGCUUAAGUGCGGCGCAUGCGGUCAAGUAGGGCACAUGCGUACGAACAAAGCGUGUCCUCUGUACACCGGUUCCAUGGGAGGGGGACCCUCCUCUCCCCCGGAAACGGACGUCGAGCCCAUUCCGGAACCGGAUGAAGAAGACACCGGAUACGUCGACGGUGUCAAACUCACCCUGCCCACUAAGGUUAUGAAGCAAACCGCCGACGAGUUGAAACGUCGCGGCAGCGGGCGCCGCAGCGAGGGCCGGCCGGGCGGCCGCAAGCAGCGCCGCGGCACGCUCAGCGACUCCUGCGACUACUUCGUCAAACGACCGGCCGAGCGACGAAGAACUGACCCACUGGUCACUUUAUCGUCGCUUCUGGAGGAUGUGUUGAGUCACAUGCGGCAUCUACCCGAUGUUCAACCCUUCUUGUUACCCGUCAAUCCUAAGUUGGUAGCAGACUAUUACCACAUCGUAUCUCGCCCGAUGGACCUGCAGACAAUCCGUGACAAUCUUCGCCAAAAGCACUACCAUAGCCGAGAGGAUUUCCUCGCCGACGUCAACCAGAUCGUCGAGAAUUCAACCUUGUACAACGGGGCGACAAGUAGUUUGACAGUGGCGGCGCAACGGAUGCUGCAGAGAUGCGUAGAGAAACUGGCUGAGAAAGAGGAACAGCUGAUGAAAUUGGAAAAACAAAUCAAUCCGCUGCUGGACGACAAUGAUCAGGUGGCAUUGUCGUUCAUUCUCGAAAACUUGUUGACAACGAAACUGAAGGUGAUGCCAGAGGCCUGGCCGUUCCUCAAACCAGUUAACAAGAAGCAAGUUAAGGACUACUAUAACGUCAUUAAGAAACCCAUCGAUAUGGAGACUAUGGGCAAGAAGAUACAAGCUCACAAGUACCACAGCCGCGCGGAGUUUCUGCGCGACAUCCAACUUAUUGUAGACAACUGCAAGGCCUACAACGGACUCAACUCGCAGUUCACGAGGCAGGCCGAGGCCAUUCUCAAGGUCACCCAGGAGGCGCUUGAACAGUUCGGUGAAAACGUGAGUCAACUGGAGGCGAACAUAGCACGCGUACAGCAGAAGAUGUUAGAAGAAGCAGAACAGUCCGACGAACCUGAGGAACCGCCUCCCCCCAGCGACGAGAAACGCGGCCGCGGACGCCCGAGGAAGUACAAACCACCCAGGACAUCCGCCGACGGGGCCACUCCAAGGAAGCGGGGUCGACCAAGGAAAGACCAGAAUAGCUUGGAAGAAGAUCUGCAAUACUCGGACAGCGGCAGUUCGGGGCUUGAAGAAGUGGAGACGAACGACGAUACCAUGGUCCAGCUCUCUGUGCGCCCAGAAGACGACUCAAUGGUAGAGCCGUUCGACACAUCGGAGUUCCUAAUAAAGCGAGAGCCCGUCGAGCCGCAGCAAGACUUCGUCGACCUCGACCAGCAUUCGUCGCAGUACACCUUCCCUACUGUCAUCAAGGAGGAGCCAAUCGAGCCCGACAUGCACAUGGAGCCGCCCAUCAUGGAGGGGUCUUCUAUAGAGCCACCGCAGUUCAAAGAGGAGCCGCCUGAGAACUGGCAGCCGGAUCCCGCUAUACAGGAUGAUCUCCAAGUUACGGACAGCGAAGAGGAAGCCGAAGACGGGCUAUGGUUUUAAAUUUAAAUAUAACUUCAUUCAUUUUCUGGAAUCUAAAAUACAACUAUUAUGGACAGAUGAUUAUGUACAUAACUUUGUUAUUGACCACUGAUUUAAAUGAUGGUAAUAAGAAUAAACGAUUAAGCAACGUUUGACAUGUAAUUUA